CUGUGGCAGGGGCGACUUUAGAAUCCUGGGGAGGAGCGAGAAUGGAAUCCCGGGGAGGAGCAGGCGUGGAAUCCGGGGGGCGGGGUCAGAACGCCAGGAGGGGGCGGGGCCGGAGCCGGGGUCGACUCGGCUCGGGGGAGCAGCGGGUGGAUCCUGUGACGUCAGCGGGUUCGAACCGCCGGAGCUGAGCGAGGGGCCGGGGGUGCCGAGCCGGGCGGGAGAGCUGGGCCGGGAGAGCAGAACAGGGAGGCUAGAGCGCGGCGGGAACCGGCCCGGAGCCGGAGCCGGAGCCCCACAGGCACCUACUCGCCCGCCCAGCCUAUCGGCCCCCACAGAGUGGCCCGCGGGCCUCCAGCAGGGCCCAGUCCCCUCCCGGGCCCUCCAUGGCCCGGGCCGUUGCCCUCCUGCCGUCGAGAUCUCCGCCGACGCCGCUGCUGUGGCCGCUGCUGCUGCUGCUGCUCCGGAAAACCGGAGCCCAGGAUGUGCGAGUUCAAGUACUACCCGAGGUGCGAGGCCAGCUCGGGGGCACCGUGGAGCUGCCGUGCCACCUGCUGCCACCUGUUCCUGGACUGUACAUCUCCCUGGUGACCUGGCAGCGCCCAGAUGCACCUACAAACCACCAGAAUGUGGCCGCCUUCCACCCUAAGAUGGGUCCCAGCUUCCCCAGCCCAAAGCCCGGCAGCGAGCGGCUGUCCUUCGUCUCUGCCAAGCAGAGCACUGGGCAAGACACAGAGGCAGAGCUCCAGGACGCCACGCUAGCCCUCCGCGGGCUCACGGUGGAGGACGAAGGCAACUACACCUGCGAGUUUGCCACCUUCCCCAAGGGGUCCGUCCGAGGGAUGACCUGGCUCAGAGUCAUAGCCAUCUACGAUGCUCUGUCCUACAGCAGCCCCUCUGAUUCCUACCAGGGCAAAGGCUUUGUCAUGUCCCGGGCCAUGUACGUGUGAGCUGCCACGCGCCUGGCAUCUCCCAUCUCACCUGUUGAUCCCUUAGCUUUCUUGCCAAGGAUCUAGUGCCCCCUGACCUCUGGCCAGGCCACUGUCAGUUAACACACGUCCAUCCCAUUUGUGAUUUCUACCUUGGUGGCUCCACUAAGACCCCUAAUCCAUGAGCCCAGAGAAACUCACCAUGAUAAUGGAAUCCUGGCAACCUUAUCUCAUGAGGCGGGAGGUGGGGAAGGUGCUUCUGUACAACCUCUGAUCCCAAGGACUCCUCUCCCAGACUAUGACCUUAGACCAUACCUCUCACCCCCCACCAAUGCCUCAACUCCCCCAAAAUCACAAAGAAGACCCUAGACCUAUAAUUUGUCUUUAGGUAGUAAAUUCCCAAUAGGUCUGCUGGAGUGGGCGCUGAGGGCUCCCUGCUGCUCAGACCUGAGCCCUCCAGGCAGCAGGGUCCCACUUACCCCCUCCCCACCCUGUUCCCCAAAGAUGGGAGAGAGGGGAUUCCCCAGCCCAACGCAGAGUUUUCCCAGCACCCUCCUGUAAGCAGAAGUCUCAGGGUCCAGAUCCUUCCCUGAGCCCCCAUCCCCACCCCAAUUCCUGCCUACCGAGCAAGCAGCCCCAGCCUAGGGCCAGACAGGGUGAGCCUCAUACAGACUGUGCCUUGACGCCCCCAGCCUUGGGAGAAGAAUUUACUGUUAACCUGGAAGACUACUGAAUCAUUUUACCCUUGCCCAGUGAAAUAGGACCUAAACGUCUCCCUUUGGGGGAAAGUGGGUCACCUGGAUUGGGGAUAGCGAUUGAUACUGUUUUGUAAACUACAUUUCCUACAAAAUAUGAAUUCAUACUUUGACCA